AUGGAUUCUCUGCCGGCCUGCAUCCUUCGUCUUUUAGACGUCAAACGUGGCUUCACAGAGAAGGACUUAUCAAGAGCUAAUGAGGAAAAUCGAUAUCGUCCACACGAAGUUCCCUUCAGCCCCCACAUUCCGGACCAACUACGAAACGUCAAACUAGAAUCACCACAUUAUCCAUCUACACCGUCUCGUAAGAGACCACAGCAAGUAGACUUACGAGGUUCAAACCAACCUCAAGAAGUAUCACCAUCUAUCCUUAUUUCAGCAUCUCUUGACGGAUCCAUCAAAAACGGAAAAUUAGAUAUAUUAUCGGCCGGAAGAGCUCUUCACACUGCCUAUCAAUCUGGUCAAUAUGGGAUUCCAGAAGAUGUGGAAUCUUUCCUAACUAAACAUUCGCUAGACGUUCCACUCCCGAAACUUCCGCAAUCAGUUUUUACAGGAUUGACCCCAGAGGCUGGAGCUCUUCUCCAUGGAUAUGGAAUUGUUGCUCAGCUGUCGCUUAACGCUGUUCAAAAACUUCUCAGCGAGCAAAAAUCGACCCAGAAAAUAUCCGGAGAACAAUUGCUUGGAAUUUCCGAUGCUCCGUUUGCGGUUAAACUAAGAUGUAAUUAUCCGGAUUUCCCUCCCUUUUCGUUUUCCAAUGCCUGCGGCCCAAAUUCAUCUCACUUUGAGUUCACCUACAUUCUUCAGCCUACGGCUCAACUGGAAAAUUCGUUUUUGGCUCAAUUCACUACUUUCAAAAUGCAUAGUAGAUAUCUCAAAGGGAAUGAGAUUGAGGAACUUAUUUCCGAUAAUAAGUUUGCGGAAGCUGAAGAGAUUGAUAUUGUGCACUUGUUGAAGUUCAAAAAUGAGAGGAGUCUUCUUAUCAAAAUUCCGAGUAGAUUAUGCGAGAAGAAUCCUGUCGAUAAUUUCGUCUGGUGUUCGAGUAUCUUGACUACACGUAUUCAUACUACUUCACCAGUUCAUCUGGCAACAUUCACAUCUGUGAUGCACCUUUUCGAAAAAACUAGAUAUGUCACUCGAAAACAACUGAGAGAAAACCUGCAAACCCCUGAAGCUACCAUUCAAGUCGACGAGGCCUCCCAACUUCCACUCUACGCGCUCGCCGGCUUGGCGCUCACGUUCCGAAGAGCCCGCGUGGCACUGGUAGGCGACGUAAGACAACUACCGCCCUUCGAAGACGCGGACCUCCCGAAAGACCUAGCGGAUUUCGCCAUCAGCAGAGUUCUCCAAACAGCAGCCAGAACAGGAGCCCUGCCCGUCAUCAAUAUCACCGUCGGCCGCCGAUGUCCACCACUAGUGACCCAGCUAUACAACGAGUUGUUCUACAACCAGGAGCUAUCGUCAGUUUGGUCGCCAGCCAAGGAAGCAGAUCUCAGAGCAUUCACAAGCGCUCUCAGGCUGAACGAUCACUUCCCAGUUCAGGUCCUGGACCUGCCCUCAAAACACACACAAGUCGGAACCUCUCUAACCAACAUCGAAGAGGCAAAAGCUGCCAUAAGGAUAGACCGCACCAUACAAACACGGGUCGGAACCGACGACAUCGGCAUCCUCUGCUUUUAA